GGAUUCUCAUUUUAAAUCAAGACAACAUCCAGACGUCAACAUGAUCGCUGAGUUUUUCCAAGAGUGUGUGAUGGACUCGGCCCCGUCUGUGGUUGCAACCGCUGUCCUCGGCCUGUUCAUGUACCUUGGCUUUCUGACUCUGACUUCCGCAGUAUCAGAAGCUGCACUUCCUAAUGUACCAAAGCUCAAAGGCUAUCCUGUUCUCGGUGCCAUACCUAUCUACUUCAGGGACGGCAUGGCGCUGUUAUUGGAGACUUUAACGACUUUGGGUGAAGACGGAAUUGCGUAUGCACAGGUCGGCAACAAGACGUUGGUGUCAGUUCAUGACCCCGUCAUGGCGAAGGAGGUGUUGGCUUUCACUGAUAAGAUCGCAUCGAGGCAAGAACCCUGUAGCUAUGAACCUCUGUUCUCGACCAAGCUGACUCGUUGCAGACUAGGCGACCCUCGUGUCUUCAGCUGGUCCCCAUUCUGGACUCUUACGCGACUGCUUGACAGAAAUCUCUUUGACGACGUAGGUCAUGAGGCAAUGCGCCAGCGUGGCGUCUACAUUCGCGAGUUCAAUAACCCUACCUCGAACGUGGGCAAAUUCGAAGGUGUCCUGCGAGUUGCUACUGAGCACGUCAAGGCUAUCGUGGGUGAUGCAGACGCAGCUCGCAUCGGUGAUAUCAGGCAUGCAGCAGAUAACUUCGCUGCUACACUCUGGGGCGACACACUCUACGGUCGAUCGGAUGCCCUUACAGACGACCGAGUAAUGAGAGUGGCGGAUGAGAUUUUGAGAAGGGCUGGCAGUCCUUGGCCUUCUGCGCUGUACUCUUUCAUGUUGACCUUCGGACUUGUGGAAGCUGGUAAGCCUAUACCGUCCGAAGCCAGAAUCCGCGCCGAGAUUGAAGACCUCUACAAGAAGAAUGUGCAACAUCUCGAGAACUAUGAACGCAGCAACCCGGAUUCACCGGUGAAAACUAUCCGGAGCCUUUCGGUGGCGGACGGUGGGAAGCGGACUGGUCCUUUGACCAUACUUGCUACUCAAUUCGCCAGGAUUAACGUUUUUGGUGGGCACCACAGCAUCGGCUCCAACAUAACGUGGACAUUGAUCGAGCUCCAGAAACGUCCAGACGUUCUUGCUAAGCUGCUAGCAGAGAUCGAAUCCAUUGGAGAGAUCGACUUCACGACUGUAACCACAAAGAUGCCGUACCUCAACGCAAUUGUCAUGGAGAUUAAUCGACUAUACCCGACUGUGCCCGCGACACUCCGAGUUAUCGAGCGAGAGACUCGCCUUGUAUCGUGCAAGAAGCCCGUCGUAUUGAAACCCGGCAUGCUGAUCUACCUCUCAUAUCUCCAUAUGCACACUUCACCCAAGUACUGGGGUCCUACUGCUGGCGAGUUUGACCCAAACCGCUUCUUGAAUGGGGUGGAUAAGAGCAAGCCGUUCAUGGCUUUUGGGUCGGGCACUCGUGACUGUGUCGGAUAUAAGUUUGCCUUACUGGCAGUGAAGGUAUAUCUUAUCACACUACUGCAGACCUACCGCUUCAAGGUCGAAGAAGACAACUGUACGCCCAAGCUGAACACUCUGCUUGAAACGUCCGGACCAGUCAAAGUUGAGUUCUUCCGCAAAACAUGA